AUGAAUGGCGACGGCAAGUCGCAGGCAGACUGGACAAAGAGUCUCGUGCAACUCGCGCGCAACGCAGAACUCAAGAAAAAUGCUUUAGCACUUCAAAUCCAUACAGCGCAUAUCUUAGCCGCUCACGCGUCACUGGAUGCUAAAGAGCAGGAGAUCCAAGACGUAAAAGAGCAGAAGAACAAACUGGAUAGUGAGCGCGCACGGCUGCUGGCAUGCUUGGUCGAGGUCAACGCAGACCGGGACAAGAUGGAUAUGAAGGCCCUGCAGAUCGAGGACGAGUGCUCUGAGCUUCGUAAACGCAUCGACACGAUCAAGGAUGGCGAGUACAUUGCAGCGAAGACCGACGUCGACAAACUACGCGAGGAGCUCGGCCACCCGCCUUUACAAUCUCUGCAGUCUCUACUGGACGAGAAGUCCCAACAAUACCUACAGGAGCGUCUAGCCGAAAGCGCCGCGAAACGAACCGCCGAUGAGGCCUCGCUCAACGGUGCGCCAUCCGCGAAACGCCGUGGUCGCCCUAAAGGCAGCAGGAAUAAGAAACUCGGCGAGGGCGAGCCGUCAUCAGCUAACUCGUAA